GCCUCGCACGGGCUUUUAUGCUAGUUAGCGAGAUAGGGGAGCAAAUCUUUGAAAACCUUUCAAUUCUUUAGAAAAUUAAUCAGAUUCUUUAGAUUAUUCACAAAUUUUCAACUCUAAUUUUUAAAUAUUUUAUAAUGCUUAAUGCUUCUUACAGAAAUGAGCAAAGCGGAAAGAUUGUAAAUAAUGCAAAUCAAUUUAGUAGUAGAGGUUUAAUCGAUCCUAAUUUGUUCUAGCAUAUUUCAAAUGCGGCUUCACCAGCAUCGAACGUUCUGCUCAAGUGUUGCAUUUUCAGCAACCUCUCAAAUUUCUCGCUUUGCACGUCUAGGCCAAAUUGAAGAUGCACGCAAAGUGUUUGAUGAAAUUCCUCAUAAGUGUAUUGUUUCGUGGAACUCAAUAAUUGCUGGGUAUUUCCAAAACAACCUCCCAAAUGAAGCUGAGGCACUGUUCUAUAGAAUGCCUGAGAGAAACAAUGUUUCUUGGAACGGUUUGGUAUCUGGGUAUGUAAAGAAUAGGAGGAUAAAAGAUGCUCGUAAGGUGUUUGAUCAAAUGCCUGAGAGAAAUGUGGUGACUUGGACUACAAUGGUAAGAGGGUAUGUUGAAGAAGGGUCGAUUGAUGAGGCUGAAACACUUUUUAGACAAAUGCCUGAGAAGAAUGUUGUUUCUUGGACUGUGAUGUUAGGUGGUUUGAUUCGAGAUAAUCGAAUAGAUGAGGCUAGGAGAUUGUUUGAUGUGAUGCCGGUGAAAGAUGUUGUUGCUAGGACUAAUAUGAUUGCUGGGUAUUGCCAGGAAGGUCGGUUGGUUGAAGCGCGUGAACUUUUUGAUGAAAUGCCACGUAGGAAUGUGAUUUCUUGGACUACUAUGAUUACGGGAUACUGUUGUGAGGGGCAGGUGGAUAUUGCAAGGAAGCUUUUUGAAGUCAUGCCUGAGAAAAAUGAGGUGUCAUGGACAGCUAUGUUGAUGGGCUAUACUCGGUGUGGACGGAUGGAGGAGGCCUCAGAUAUUUUCGAUGCAAUGCCUAUGAAGUCUGUUCCGUCUUGUAAUGCAAUGGUACUUGGCUUUGGCCACAAUGGGGAAGUUGAUAAAGCAAAGAUGGUCUUUGAUCGAAUGAGAGAGAAGGAUGAUGGAUCAUGGAGUGCGAUGAUUAAAGUUUACGAACGACAAGGAUAUGAAUUAGAAGCACUUCAUUUAUUUUCUUUAAUGCAAAGUCAAGGAAUUAGGAUAAAUUACCCUUCUUUAAUCAGUAUCCUUUCGGUAUGUGCUUGUUUGACAAGUCUUGAUCAUGGUAAACAAAUUCAUGCUCAGUUGGUCAAGUGGCAAUUUGACUGUGAUGUGUAUGUUGCCUCAGUUCUAAUUACAGCAUAUAUGAAAUGUGGUGAUCUUGUCAAAGGAAGAUUAUUGUUCGAAAGAUUUUCCUCAAAAGACAUAGUUAUGUGGAAUUCAAUGAUUACAGGUUACUCCCAACAUGGUCUAGGUGAGGAAGCUUUGGGAGUGUUUCAUGAAAUGAUGUCUUUAGGCAUCAUGGCCGAUAAUGUUACCUUUGUCGGUGUUCUUUCAGCAUGUAGCUACACGGGGAAAGUUGAAGAAGGGCUUAAAUUAUUUGAAAUGAUGAAAUCGAAGUAUCUAGUACAGCCAAGAACUGAGCACUAUGCUUGCAUGGUUGAUCUGUUAGGUCGAGCUGGACGUUUAACCGAAGCAAUGAAAUUAGUAACUGAGAUGCCAGUAGAAGCAGAUGCUAUUAUCUGGGGUUCUUUGCUGGGAGCAUGUCGAACCCAUAUGAAUAUGGAUUUGGCCGAGGUCGCAGCAAAGAAACUUUCUCAAAUUGAACCUGAAAAUGCUGGACCUAAGAUCUUGCUGUCAAAUUUAUAUGCAUCAAAAGGUAAGUGGGCUGAGGUAGCGUCCCUGAGGAAAGACAUGAGAUCGAGGAAGGUUAGCAAAUCACCUGGAUGUAGUUGGAUUGAAGUAGAGAAGAAAGUCCAUAUGUUUACUGGGGGAGAUAGCACAUCCCACCCUCAGCAUAUUAUGAUUUCCAAAAAGUUGGAGGAAUUAGGUCAUCUGUUAAAAGAAGCAGGAUAUUGUCCUGAUGGUACCUUUGUGAUGCACGACGUUGAUGAAGAAGAAAAGGCACAUAGCUUGAAGCUUCACAGUGAGAAGUUGGCUGUGGCAUAUGGACUUUUGACUGUCCCUGUAGGCGUGCCUAUACGAGUAAUGAAGAACCUUCGAGUUUGUGGAGACUGCCAUUCUGCUAUCAAAUUGAUAUCCAAAAUCACCAACCGAGAAAUAAUCUUAAGAGAUGCUAAUAGAUUCCAUCAUUUUAAUGAUGGAUUGUGUUCUUGCAAAGAUUAUUGGUGAUGGCAAUAUUGUCUGUCAUGGCCGCAGGAGUUUUGGAUGAGGAUUUUCGUGAACCAUGCUUCUUUACAUUUCUAUGGAUCCAGUGGUUACUAAUUUAGUUUGAGAGGUCCAAUGCUUGAAUACAGAUCGUUGAACACUUAUAUAUAAAAGCUUAAUAGAAGAGUUGAGGAUGGCUGGUGAGACAAUUUAUCCUAUGUGAAAUGACCGGCGUCAUUGUACAUAUACACAUGUUUCACCACUGACACCGGAAACCAAGGAAACCAUGAACUCUCAUUUUCAAGAGGGAGAGGUAUCCACUAGGCUACAUAACUACUCCAAAAUUCAUGUCACUUUUUCUUGAAAGGUAUAAACAUAAUUUUUGAGAAAUCUAUUGCUAUAUUUACUGGGAGUUAUAUAUCAUUUUAUCUUGAGCAUCUAUUUAACUCCAUUGGUUGCUGACUAUAUCUAGGGUUGUAGUGUUAAAGAUUCAAUUUUUAAUAACAAAUCUUCAUUUGUCUCUCUUAGUCAAAACACAUGAAUCUUGACUCUUCUCCACCAACACUUGAUCUGCAGAUGAGAAUUAUAUUUCUGUUGUGUAAGCAGAUCAAUAAUCUAAUAUAUAUUUUAAUUUCCAAUUAGAAUAGUAGAUUUGAACACAUGUUAGCAAAUUUUUUGUAUGUGUUUGUUUAAGUUACCACCUACUGAACUAAUUUAUUCAGUUGGUGGUCAAUUAAAUAAGAUCUGUUAGCACUUAGCACAUACAACAAAUAGAUAAGCUUCUGGCACUCACUAAGCUUUAAACCCUUUAAGUCGUUUGACGUUUAGGUAAUACUCCCUUUAUCAUCAUAGUAAACAGUCGACCAUUAGAAUCACAUCUUCCGGGGCUAUGAACGACUAUAACCUUAAAUUUUAAUAUCGGGGGUUGAAUACGAGACUUCCUAUCUCCUCCCAGUUCCCUAACCUUUAUUUGUUAGGAAAGCCACUUGAUGAAUUCUAUGUUUUAAUGUUUUAAAGCAUACAAAAACCUAGUUGCUAGCGACCUGUACUAAAAUGAACAUAAAAGCUUCACAAAAAUAAACAAAAACAGACUGCAUAUCAGAGUUUGAACUAAGAACAGACGACUUUUAAUCCAAGUUCAUCAUGUUGAGAUUUUGUCCAUCCCUUCAACUCAAAAAUGAUUAGUAAGUAUUGCUCUACAGACACACACACGCACGCACUUAUAAUUUACUGACAUAAAGAUUGUCGAGCGCAACUAAACAUUUAGAUACAGGUCAUGUUAAAUAGUAGUAUUUCUGAUCAACUUCUUCUGUUGGGGGGGGGGGGGGGGGGGGGGGGGGUUAAAAAUUUAGGCAGAAAGGAAUUCUUAGUUCAAGGCACUUCUAAUUGUAGAAAUGAUCCAUUAAACUUGAAACUCAAUGUGAAAUAAUGAAAUCAUGGACAACAAAUUCUUACAAUUUAUAAAGAAAGCUUGAGGUUCACGGUAUCAUUCUCCUCCUCUAUUAUCUCUUGUUUGUUUUGAUCAUCAUCUGCAGUGGUAGAUGGACCUGUAAGAUUCUCUGCAGGAGCUGGGAUGGAAAUAAAUUUAUUGAUCUCGAAAUCCUCCAGCUGGAACUUCGGACACCAACCAGCUGCUGCUAUAUUGGUCUUUGGCUUUUCUUCGUUGUCGUUCACCAGAACUUCAUUCUCCUUCGGUCUGUCUUCUCCGCCUACACGCCGUGUACUUUUAAUCAGUGCAAAGAAUUUCUCCAUUUUUUCAUCCUCAGUCUCUC